UUUCAUUUGAACAAGUACUGCUCGGUUAACUCCUUAUAUAACGCGUUUUGGGCAAAAUUAUAUCUGCCGUAAUUGUAGGGGUGUUUUUCAUAUCAUGAUUAGGAGGGUCGUAUUGCCUUUUGAAGUGCAUAUUCCGUUUGUAGAGCUCGGACGUCCCUCUCAGCGGGUCGGCUAACCGGUUGGGUUAGCAUGUGGAGACUUUCCCGGUGAGUUAGACAUUGACUGACAUGGCAGCCAAUGGAGACAGUUGUGAAAAGCCUCUAAGACGCACAGGAAUUAAAGAAAAACAGAAUGGAAACACCACAGACUCAACAAUAAGAGAAAGGCGACAGAAAGAGAAGGAAGAGCGCCUUUCUCUUGUGUUAUGGAGGAGGCCCGUAACUACGCUCCAUUACUUCCUCUUGGAGAGCUUAAUCAAGUUAAAGGAGUGGACAAUUAAGCUUUGGCAACGACGGAGCAUUGUGUUCUUAGUUUUGGUGUUAUGUAGUCUCUUCUCUACUGCCUACUCCAUAGAGGGAUCACAUCAAAAAUAUGUUCAGUACCUCGAGAAGAAGUUCCUUUGGUGUGCAUACUGGGUAGGUCUCGGAAUUCUGUCUUCUGUUGGCCUUGGGACUGGUCUGCAUACCUUCCUUCUCUAUCUGGGUCCUCAUAUAGCAUCAGUUACACUGGCAGCAUAUGAGUGCAGCUCAACGGACUUCCCAGAGCCUCCGUACCCAGACCAGAUUGUGUGUCCUCAACUUGCAGGGGCUGAAGGGAGUAUCUCCCUCUUCUCCAUUAUGUCGAAGGUCCGCCUUGAAGCCUGCAUGUGGGGUGCAGGCACUGCCAUCGGAGAGCUGCCCCCAUAUUUCAUGGCCAGAGCGGCACGUCAGUCUGGGGCUGAUCCUGAAGAUGAAGAAUAUGAGGAGUUUGAGGAGAUGCUGGAGCAGGCUGAGAAUGCGCAGGAUUUUGUCACCAGAGCAAAAAUGGGAGUCCAACACAUGGUACAGAAAGUGGGGUUCUUUGGGAUCUUGGCUUGUGCUUCGAUCCCAAAUCCUCUUUUUGACUUGGCGGGAAUCACCUGUGGGCACUUCCUGGUCCCUUUUUGGACCUUCUUUGGGGCAACUCUCAUUGGAAAAGCCAUCAUCAAGAUGCACAUUCAGAAGCUGUUUGUUAUCAUCACCUUCAGCAAGCACAUCGUGGAGCAAAUGGUGUCUCUCAUUGGGUCUGUACCCAAAGUAGGACCAUCACUCCAGAAGCCCUUCAGCCAUUACCUGGAAGCACAAAAGAACAAGCUGCAUCAUGGUGAAAGAAGAAAGGCAUCGGAUGAGAACUGGCUUUCCUGGCUGUUCGAGAAGCUGGUGCUGGUCAUGGUCUGCUACUUUGUCAUCUCCAUCGUCAACUCGAUGGCUCAGAGUUAUGCCAAGAGGCUCCAGCAACGAAAGCACUUGGUGGAGAAGACCAAGUGACAAGGGACCAAGGGGGACAAACAUCCAAGAAGUGACUGUGCAUCUGCGGCCGCUGCUGCUCGGACCACGUCCAAUCAUGACUUGCCGACAAACCUCACCCUCCACGCUCAGAGGCUGAGCACGCGCCAAAGCAGACUUGUGUCCUCGGUAUGUGUGUGUUUGCAUUUUCAAGUCUGUCUCCACCGUUAUUUGUAGUGUGUCUCAUCUCACUCGGUCUGGAAAGCGCCUGGUUAUCCUGCUAAUUUAAUGGUCUUACUUUCUGAUGAUUCCGUACUUUGAACUCACAAGUGAAGCAGUGGUUUUGGGGGAGUGUCUUGUGUGUAAGGGCACUGCCGAUCAGAUGCGAUGCCUUAUGCAAUGAUGGGAAGUUUUGACUUCCCUUGAAAAUAGUUCUUGAAAUUGUAUUUAAUUUUGUAACAUUAAUAUAUGACUGGCUUUUGAUUUGUUUGUACAGUGGCUGCCAGGAUAACUGCUUCUAAAUGCUCUUUCUUUUCAGGGUUGAGAUAGUCUCAUAUUUUGGACCGAUUAGACAUUAUUUUAUUUGCUCCUGGACUUGUCAGUCACCCCGCCCCCCAAAAAGGAGAGAAAAAAAAGCAAUAUCUAUGUAAAAUGUGUUAGUGACGGUUUGCACAUUGUGUAAAUAUCUCAAUCAUGGACAUUAUGCAUCGAUGUACUUCUGUUCUAAAUUUAAACAGUACGUGACCAGGAGUCACGUGAUCUUGAAUCAAACUAGUGACAGUUUGUAGUGACGCUGUACUUUAAGGCAACUAGUCCCAUUUCUAGUUCUGUACUGUUAGAGUAGACCAUGGAAUUGGAUCUUCUAUAAAGUCAUGUCAAUAAUGA